AUGCUGGUUCUGGUUGACGAUCACAGCCGCUACUCCUCCAUUUUCCUCCUCCACACGAAAGCCCAGGCGCCGACCAUGAUCAUUCACUGGGCAGAACAAUGCCGCACCCACUUCAAACGUCCCAUCGGCCGCCUCCACUCUGAUGGGGGAGGCGAAUUCCUCAAUCGCGCACUCACUCACUACUGCACCACUCAUGGCAUCCAACAGACCCACACUCUUCCCCACUCCCCACAGCAGAACGGCGUCGCAGAGAGCCGCAUUCGCGAAAUCACUAAGAUCGCCCGCUGUCUCCUCGCUCACGCCUCCACCCCUCCUUCUCUUUGGGGCUAUGCACUCCUUCAUGCUACCCUCCUCCUCAACCUUCGCUCCCAUCCCUGCCACACCGCCACUACCCCCACGGAGCUCUGGUCAGGGACCAAACCUGACGCUGCCGGACUUCGUGUUUGGGGUUGCAAGGCAUAUGUGCUCAUCCCUCCACCUGAACGCACCCACGGCAAGCUCGCUUCUCGUGCCCUCGAGUGUGUCUACCUCGGCCACAACCGCGACUCGCCCGGUUACCUUUUCCUUCACCCUCCCUCCGGUCGCCUCAUCCGCAGCAUUGACGUUGUGUUUGAUGAGACCACCCCAUAUUAUUCCUCUCCACCACCAGACCCCCUCCCUCCUCCCACCCGUCCUCUCGCUUGGACCGACACCGUCCUCCCUCCCCUCCUCCCUCCAGCACCCCUUCUCCCACCCCUCCCCACUCCGCUUCCGCCACCCUCAUCUGCCGAUAUCUAUGAUCCCACUGCUCCAGCAUCCCCUGCACACUCCGCGGCUCCCUCUCCCUCCUCUCCUUCCUACUCUCCUUCUCAUCCAUCCCAACAGCCGCAGCAGCAGCCACAGGGGCAGCAGCAGCAGCAGCAGCAGCCGCAGGGGCAGCAGCAGCAGCCACAGCAGCAGCAGCAGCAGCAGCCGCAGCAGCAGCCGCAGCAGCAGCAGCACCCACAGCAGCAGCAGCAGCAGGGGCAGCCGCAGCAGCAGCCGCAGGGGCAGCAGCAGCAGCCACAGCAGCAGCAGCAGCAGGGGCAGCCGCAGCAGCAGCCGCACCAACAGCAGCAGGGGCAGCAGCAGUGGCCGCCGCAACAACCACAGGGGCAGCCGCAGCAGCAGCAACAACAGCCGCAGCAGCGGCCGCAGCAGCAACAGGGGGUCCAGCAGCAGCAGCAGCAGCAGCGGCGGAGGGCGUCUGCCCGCUCCUCACCCUUCCUCCUCCCUCGCAUGCACACCCGCUCUCUUGAUCCCAUCCUUGGCACACCGCCACCUUCCUCCCUCCACCAGCUCGAGGAUUCCCAUGAGGAGUUCGCCAUGGUCCGGCACCACACUCCCUCUAUCUUCACACUUUACCCUGACCUCUUCGGCGCUCUGAUCCUUAGCGCGAUCUCCGCUCCCACCAUCUUCGUCCCCACCACCUUCCAGGAGGCUAUCACCUGCCCUGACGCUGACAAGUGGUUAGCCGCUAUCUUCCUGGAGUGUGAGGCUUUCAUUCGCAACGACUCCUUUAUCGACGUUCCCCUUCCCCCUGACGCCAACCUUGUCGAGGGCAAGUGGAUCUUUCGAGUCAAACAGCUGCCGGGAGAGGAGCCAGUCUACAAAGCCCGCUAUGUUGCCAAGGGGUUCACCCAGACCUGGGCUGAGGACUACUGGUUCACAUUUGCCCCCACCCUCAGGCAAGCCACCCUACGCACCCUUAUGGACAUCGGUGCGCGUGACGACAUGGAGAUUGACUCCAUGGACGUCUCCAACGCGUUCCUGCAAGGCGAACUGCACGAGCGCAUCUUCCUCCGCCGACCUCCUGGGUUUCAUGCGGCUUUCCCCGAAAACACCGUCUGGCAACUAAAGCGCCCGGUUUACGGCCUGAAGCAGGCACCACGAGAAUGGCAUGCGAAGCUGUCUGCUACUCUCCAGUCCCUUGGCUUCUCCCCCUCCCACUCCGAUGCCAGCCUCUUCAUCCGCUCCUCCCCCAGUCGCUUCUUCAUCUCCGUCUACGUCGACGACAUGAUCCUGCUCGCCGACACCAGGGCUGACAUGGAUCAUGUGAAGCGGUCACUUCAGGAACGUCUCAAGUGCAAGGACCUUGGUCCGCUUCAGAACUACCUCGGCAUGGCUAUCACCCGUGAUCGAUCCGCCCGCACCAUCACCCUCUCCCAGUCCCACUACAUCGGCCAGGUCCUGGAGAAGUUCGAGAUGGCACAAGCCAAACCGAUCUCCACCCCUCUCCCCUUCGGCCACCAGCUUGCGCCACCCACCUCCCCCUCCACCUCCUCCCGGCCCUACGCCGAGCUUGUUGGGUCGCUGAUGUACGCGAUGAUGUGCACUCGUCCCGACCUCGCCUACCCUGUAUGUGUCCUUGCUCGGUUCGUCGGCCCCGGCCGCCACACUGAGGAACACUGGACUGCCGCCAAGCGGGUCCUCCGCUAUCUCCGUGGCACCAGAGACCACGCUCUCACGCUGGGUGGAUCUUCCCCCCCCCUUCUCUCUGGCUUCAGCGACUCCUCCUGGGCAGACUGCCAGCCAGACCGCCGCUCCUCCCAAGGCUAUGGCUUCACCCUCGGCAGCGGCCUCAUCAGCUGGCGCUCUACCCGCUCCUCUGCCAUCGCCCUCUCCUCCUGUGAAGCUGAGCUCUAUGCUGGCACCAUGGCCGCCCAGGAGUCCCGCUGGCUCUGCUUCCUCCUGGCUGAGCUUGGUGUUCCCCAGCGCUGCCCCACGCUCUGGUGUGACAAUGCCAGCACCAUCCAUCUCACCCAAGACCCCGUGUUCCACGGUCGCUCCAAACACAUUGAGCUCCGCUAUUUCUUCAUCCGUGAACUCGUCCAACAGAAUCUCAUUGCCGUUCGUAAGAUCGCCGCUGAAGCCAACUUGGCAGAUAUCUUCACCAAAGCACUCCUUCGCCCUGCGCACUCUGCUCUUCUCCGCCUCAUCGGCCUCGCUCCCCCAGGCGCGCCUUGA